UUCUGUCCCCGCUGCCGCCUGGCCGAUUACGCCGCCGUACGGGUCUGAGAGACUGUGGGGCCCGCCCCUCCCCCUCCGCCACGCGCGGGAACUGGGCGGCGGGGUCUGGCAGCGCCGGGGGCUGGAAAGGACCCUUGCUGAGCCUACACGGCCUCACGCACCCCUGCGCCGGCCCACGCGCGCGGCCUCCGGCGCCCCUCGCUGUCCCCUCCCGCCUGGCUCUCGCGCGCCCCUUUGGCCCUUCCCGCUUCCCGUUCGCGCCUCGCGCGCUUGCGCGCCCAGCCGCGCGCCCAGUGGGCUCCCAACGCGCGUGCGCGGCUCAGCGGGGACGCGCGCCUUUCCCGCCGCGCGGACCUUGCCCGCGCUCCGCUGGCCCCACGGAAUAACGUGUAGAGUUGGGCAGGAGAGCGGAAUUCACAGAUCCGCGAAGAAGGAAACUGGCUGGCUGCGUCCCCACCCUGCGCCUCCUGGUCUUUUUCUGGGAGGCGCGAGUCCGUUUCCUGCCGCGCGGCUCCGAAGCUGCCGGCCUAGCCCGGGCGCGCCCGGGAUGUGGGGAGAUCCCUGGGGGUCACGUGCGCUCCGGCCUCGGGGACCUACAGGCAUUGUCCCAGAUAUAGCAGUUGGUACAAAGCGGGGAUCUGACGAGCUUUUCUCUACUUGUGUUACUAACGGACCCUUUAUCAUGAGCAGCAACUCAGCCUCUGCAGCAAAUGGAAAUGACAGUAAGAAGUUCAAAGGUGACAACAGAAGUGCUGGCGUACCCUCCAGAGUGAUCCACAUCCGCAAACUCCCAAGUGACGUCACUGAGGGAGAAGUCAUCUCCCUAGGGCUGCCCUUCGGGAAGGUGACCAACCUCCUAAUGCUGAAAGGGAAGAACCAGGCCUUCAUUGAGAUGAAUACUGAAGAGGCUGCCAACACCAUGGUCAACUACUAUACCUCAGUGACUCCUGUGCUACGUGGCCAGCCCAUCUACAUCCAGUUCUCCAAUCACAAGGAGCUCAAGACUGACAGUUCUCCCAACCAAGCGCGGGCCCAGGCAGCCUUGCAGGCAGUGAACUCAGUCCAGUCAGGAAAUCUGGCUUUGGCUGCCUCAGCUGCUGCUGUGGAUGCAGGGAUGGCAAUGGCUGGCCAGAGCCCUGUGCUCAGGAUCAUUGUGGAGAACCUUUUCUACCCUGUGACCCUGGAUGUGCUCCACCAGAUCUUCUCCAAGUUUGGCACAGUUCUGAAAAUCAUCACCUUUACCAAGAACAACCAGUUCCAAGCACUGCUGCAGUAUGCAGACCCCGUGAGCGCCCAGCACGCCAAGUUGUCCUUGGAUGGGCAGAACAUCUACAAUGCCUGCUGCACUCUGCGUAUCGACUUCUCCAAGCUCACCAGUCUAAAUGUCAAAUACAACAACGAUAAGAGCCGGGACUAUACUCGCCCAGAUCUGCCCUCUGGGGAUAGUCAGCCCUCGCUGGACCAGACCAUGGCUGCCGCCUUCGGCCUUUCUGUUCCUAAUGUUCAUGGAGCCCUAGCCCCCUUGGCCAUUCCAUCGGCAGCGGCGGCGGCGGCGGCGGCAGGCCGGAUUGCUAUCCCAGGCCUGGCAGGGGCUGGAAACUCUGUCUUGCUGGUCAGCAACCUCAAUCCCGAGAGAGUCACACCCCAAAGCCUCUUUAUUCUUUUCGGCGUUUACGGUGACGUGCAGAGGGUGAAGAUCCUGUUCAACAAAAAGGAAAAUGCCCUGGUGCAGAUGGCUGAUGCGAACCAGGCCCAGCUGGCCAUGAGCCACCUGAGUGGGCACAAGCUGCAUGGAAAACCCAUCCGAAUCACACUAUCUAAGCAUCAGAAUGUGCAGCUGCCCCGUGAGGGCCAGGAAGACCAGGGCCUCACCAAGGACUAUGGCAACUCACCCCUGCACCGCUUCAAGAAGCCUGGCUCCAAGAACUUCCAGAAUAUCUUCCCACCCUCAGCCACCUUGCAUCUCUCAAACAUCCCGCCCUCAAUAUCUGAGGAAGACCUCAAGAUCCUUUUCUCUAGUAAUGGUGGGGUCGUCAAAGGAUUCAAGUUCUUCCAGAACGACCGCAAGAUGGCCCUGAUCCAGAUGGGAUCUGUGGAGGAGGCUGUCCAGGCCCUCAUCGACCUGCACAACCAUGACCUCGGUGAGAACCACCACCUGCGGGUGUCCUUCUCCAAGUCCACCAUCUAGGGGUGCAGGGCCCCCACGGCCAGGCUCCCUGGUGACAACUUCCAUCAUUCCAGAAAAAAGCCACUUUAAAAAGCAGCUGAAGUGACCUUAACAGACCAGAGAUUUUAUUUUUUUAAAGAGAAAAUCAGUUUACCUGUUUUUAAAAAAAUUAAAUCUAGUUCACCUUGCUAACCUUGUGGUGACGGUGACA